GACAUAUGCUGCGUUCUCGAUGUCGCUGGAUAUCGAUUAAAACGCGAGCUUCACAGUUGACACACAUGUUUUGUGGUACGCACGUCGUCUUAAAUAUUUCGGAUAUUCCAAUGGAUUUCCCAUUUUUUGUUUGUGGAAACUAUACCUAGGAAAAUUUAAGGCAGCGGCCAUCCCCACAAAUUAAAGUAGAAGCCGUGAUUUUGGACAGCCCAGGAUAGACCAUGGCCUUCUGAAACUAUAAGGAAUUGGAGUUUGUGGCAUUGCUUAUAACUGGGUAAUAUUGUAGUGACAACUCAAAAAUCUGAUAAGGGAUGGUGUGACAUGAUUGGUCUAGCAUGUAGAAAAAGAAUGUAAAUGAAAGUCUGGAGUCAUUUUAUAAUAUAAUGUAUGACUGUUUGGGCAAAACUGUUCCUAAACAGCUUAAAAAAAGUGCAAUUUCCAAACCUCGAUUUCCUGUAUGCUACUCCUUGGAUUUAUUGCGCAAAUGAUGAGUUUGGAACUGUUGUUAGAUGCCCACCUAACUCAUGUGGAUUAAUACUUGGGGAGUUUUAUUCUUACCUUAACUUUUUUCAAAGGAAUUUUGUGCCAAAUGAUAGAAAUGCUUUUCUUGAUCUCACUUUUACAAAUAGGAAUGAUCUAGUGGUGAGUGAAGCUGUUGACUGUGUUUUUGAUAAAUCUGUCUAUCAUAAGCCUUAUCAUUUUGAAUUAACUUUUAACAAUGGUAAAGAAAAAACUUUAAAUUUUGUACAGUUCUUCUAUGACUUUAGAAAUGCAAAUUAUUUGGGUGUUAAUAGUUAUUUGUGUGGAGUUGAUUGGGACCAUGUUUUGAAUGUAAUUAAUAUUGAUGAUGCGGUUUCAGAGUUCUAUCAUAUAUUGAAUAUGGCUAUAGCUUUGUUUGUGCCUCUUAAGAGAUUCAAAACCUCGUCUUUUCCCAGUUGGUUUUCAGGGGAGUUAAAGUACUUGAUCCAGCAAAAGAAAAUUUCACAUAAAAAAUAUCAGUCUAGUCAUACUGUUGCAGACUACGAAGUCUUUUCAGAUCUUAGAGCUAGGUGCAAAACUCUAAAGGAGACUUGUUACCAGAACUUUAUUUCAAAUUUGGACCAGUUACUUUAUACAAACCCCAAAAGUUUUUGGUAUAAGUUUAAUAACAGGAGAGCAACGAAUAGGCUUCCUGAUUUGAUGACCUAUAAUGAUGGGGAGUUUGCAGGUUGUGAACAAAUUGCAGAGGGGUUUGCCAGGUUUUUUUCUACUGUCUAUAAUGGAGAUAAUAUUGUCUUACCUUCUCGGCAGGCUGGUGUAAACAUGACUAUUCCAAAUCCUAAAUUAUCUAUUGGAUUAAUUUUUGAUAAGAUCUUUCGAUUACCCCUUAAACUUAGUGCUGGCCCUGAUGGUAUACCCAAUUAUUUUUUGAGAAAAUGUGUAUGUGCCCUCUCUUAUCCCCUCUCUAUUUUAUUCAGUAGGUCUUUAGACUUGACAGUUUUUCCAUCCGAGUGGAAACUCAGUUUUAUUACGCCUAUAUUUAAAUGUGGUGCUGCUAAUGAAAUGAUCAAUUACAGGAGUGUGUGUGUACAGUCUGCCAUCCCAAAACUUCUAGACAGUCUUAUUUAUGACCAAAUUAAUUUUUAUUGCAAAGAACUUCUGUUGAAAAAAAUGAACAGCAUGGCUUCAGUCGUGGCAAGUCUGCUAUUACAAACUUGUUGCUGUAUCAGGGUGCUCUGUUAAGUGCUUUGGAGAGGGGUGAACAGGUGGAUGUAAUAUAUACAGACUUUUCCAAGGCAUUUGACAGUGUCAACCAUAGCUUAUUAUUAGAAAAAUUGAGACUUUUUGGUUUUUCAGAUUGUUUGGUGGCCUGGUUUGCGAGUUUUCUUUCUGACAGAUUUCAGCAGGUACAAAUUGGGGAUGCUAGGUCGCAUCUUAUCAGUGUGACCUCUGGGGUUCCACAGGGUGGUCAUUGUUCUCCCCUGUUGUUCAAUAUUUUCAUUAAUGAUAUUUUGGUUUGCUUUAAAAAUAGUAAUUUUUUGUUAUUUGCCGAUGAUUUAGUUAUUAAAGUUUUAUAAGGUGAUCAGUUCAGAACAAGACAUGGUUCUCUUGCAAGAUGAUCUGAAUAGAUUGUGUGAAUGGUAUGUUGGUAACAGUUUGGCUCUGAAUGUGGGUAAAUGCAGUUACAUUAGUUUCUACAAAAGAAACAAACGGGUAACUUCCUCCUAUACUAUUGAUAAUGUUAAUCUUAGGUACACUGAAGUAGUAAAGGACCUUGGUAUCUUUUUUGAUGAACAAUUGAAUUUUAAUACCCAUGUAAAUACUAUUAUAACUAAAGCAUCUAAGGUCCUUGGUUUUGUCCUGCGCAAUUGUAAGGAUCUGUCGGUUGAAACUUGCAAAAGGUUGUACAUAUCACUUGUUGUCUCUUUGUUGGAGUAUGGAUCAAUAAUUUGGUCUCCUCUGUACAUGAAUAAUUGUAUGGCACUGGAGAGGGUUCAAAAUAAAUUUCUACGAUUCUGCCUUUAUAAACUUCGCAUUCCAGUUCCUAAUGACCAUUGUUAUGAUGAAGCAAUGAACUUGCUGAAUAUGCGGAGUUUACUUAAGAGACGCACUGAGAAUGAUUUGGUGUUUAUUUAUAAACUUUUAAAUGGCCUUGUGAUUUGUCCCAAACUACUUAAUAGGAUUUCAUUUAAUAUUCCAUACCGUAAUCUGAGGGCAAAUCGAUUGUUUUCUUUGCCUUAUCAUCGUACCAACUAUGCUAUGCACUCGCCUGUCGAAAGGACCUUGAGGCUGGUAAACUGGAAUUGAAGUUUUAGGAAUUUCCUUAUUGCAUUUUAGGAGUCUUAUUAAGAGUUUGUAGGAUUUUGUUUUUUGAAUUAAUUUUGCUCCAUGAUUAAUAAUUUGAAAUACAUUUGAUCAUUGUCAUUUAUAAUAAUAUAUUUUGUUUUUUCUUAGCUAAUUUUGCAUUGUUAAUUGUUCUGAUUUUGAGAGAAUAUUGUUACUACUUGUAAAACGGUUUAAUUAUCCUUGGUAUUAAGAUUAAGUCUGAUAAUUAUUGUUAAUUAGUAAUUAGUGGUUAGGUAGUAUAGCUUUUAUUUCUUUUUCAGAAAUAUAUAUAUUUUUUGUAAUGGGGUUGAUCCCGUGUAUAAUUAAAUAAAUAAAUAAAUAAAAAUUAGAAAUAAAAAUAAAUUACACAAAUUAUUUACAAAAAAACAAUCGAUGGACUCAUGAUGAACAUGUUUCUAAACCUGCCAGAGUGUACCAUCUUACAAAUUUAAUCAACCUGUAUUUUCAAAAAGGAGUUUUUCCCAACUGCCUUAAGAAAGCAAUAAUAAUUCCUUUACAUAAAGGAGGAGAUAAAGAUCAGUCUUCCAACUAUCGCCCAAUUGCUCUUCUUCCCACACUAUCAAAAAUUAUUGAAAGAUUAGUUAAAAAAAGGCUCCUAUCAUUUCUACUGAAAUUUAAAAUACUCACUCCUCAACAAUUUGGAUUUCUAAAUAACAAAUGCACAAAUGAUGCUAUAUUUUCCCCUUUUAAUCAUGUAUACUGUAGCCUAAACAACCAACAUCUUACGGCAACAAUCUUCUGUGAUUUUUCUAAAGCUUUUGAUUGCAUAUACCAUGAUAUCCUAAUAAAACUGCUGAACUGCUGACCUACAUUUUCAAAUUAAUACUGUCAACAGAACAAAUUUCUGAAAUUUGGAAAAUUGCUAAAAUAAUACCUAUUUACUCUGUAACUUUCAAGUCAAAAAUUAUUAACUCAAAAAUUUUCGAAAUUAUCCUGAAUCGGUCGCUAUUUAGUCACGCAAAAGAACUCAUCUCUGUAGACCAGCAUGGUUUUUUAGCGGGCGAUCUUGUGUUACUAACUUAUCCUGUCUGUCUAGCCACAUCUGUGAAUCACUUGAUGUUAAUACUCGAGUCGAUGUUAUUUAUACCGACUUCCAAAAGGCCUUUGAUCGGAGAGAUCACUAUAUUUUGCUGCAUAAAUUAACUCAGUAUGGUGUUUCAGGGAGAUUAUUUAAUUUAUUUCAUUCCUAUUUGAUUGGUAGAUCUCUAGAAUAUGUUGAAUAUCGAAACUUUUUAACGUAACGUCGGGUGUGCCACAGGGCUCGAACCUGGGUCCGCUCCUGUUUAGUUUUUUUAUAAAUGACUUGAUUGAGUCACUCACUUGUCAUAGGCUGGCUUUUGCCGAUGAUUUGAAGCUAUAUAUAAGCUAUGUAUAUGGUUUGGAGGAUUGUGUUUUUCUUCAGAACUGUUUAAAUACAUUGGAGGUAUGGUGCGCUGUUAACAGGUUAGGCUUGAAUGCGGAUAAAUGUAGUGUGGUCAGUUACUCUAGAUCUAUUCUGCUUGGAAGAUUGGAUAAUAUUGGCAUUAGAGGGGUUCCAAAUAAUCUAAUAAAAUCUUAUUUAACUAAAAGGUUGCAGGAAAUAAACAUAUCAGGACAACAUAGCCAUGAAUCCAUAGUAGAGUGCGGUGUUCCUCAGGGUAUGGUGCUUUCUUUGUUGCUGUUUAUUAUCUACAUAAAUGGCAUUUUAUCAGUUAUAAAUGAGGGUUUUGUAACUGCUUUGCUGAUGACACUGCAAUUAUAAUAUGUGGGGAAACCUGGGAAAUUGCUAAGAAAAAUGCUGAAAUAGCGAUGAAAAAAAUUAAAGAUUGGCUGGAUAAUAGCAUGCUUCCAUUAAAUGUUGAUAAAACCAAAUUCGUUACCUUUUCAAUUUUAAGUUCAUAUCUACCUAACUAUCAACAAAUAAAAUUUGCAUGAAUCACAGUGCAUGAUAACUAUUAACUGUAAAUGUGAGAAAACAAUAGGGAGAAAAACCAGUUUAAAAUACUUGGGAAUUAUCAUCGACCAAAAUUUGUCAUGGAAAGAACAAGUUAAAAGCGUAGCUGAUAAAAUUAGAAAACUGAUCUUUAAAUUUUAUGAGCUAAGAAACGUAUUAGAUUUUAAAACACUAAAAACAGUUUAGUUUUCACUAGUUGAAUCAAUAAUAUGUUAUGGGCUUGUGAUAUGGGGGAGUGCGGGUGUGACUAUUUUGGAGAAGCUCAUUAUAGCACAGAAAUGGAUCAUUAAGGUAAUGCUUUUUAAAACUAAAAGAUACCCUACAAAUCUAGUUUACAAAGACAGCAAUUUGCUAAACAUAAAAUAGCUUUUCAUUAAGUCAGUUAUAAGAAUCAUGCUAAAAACAGAUUUUUAUAAAAGAAGUAUAUCUCAUGGUUGCAAUACUAGAUUGGCUUCUCAGAAUAAUGUUUGCCUACAGAAUCCUAGACUUACAAUUUGUCAAAAUCAUGUUUGCUGUAUUGGUCCAAAAAUUUAUAAUAGUCUACCUCAAGAAUUUAAAAAUAAAUCAUAUAAAAAUGUAAAAAAAAAAAUUGGUAAAUGGAUACUUGAUAGUAAUUAUGAAACUAAUUAUCUAAUAUAAAAAAAAAUAUAUAUUUAGUAUUAAUAGUUAUAUUUUCAGUAAGUUUCUUUUUAGUAUAAUCUAUAAUAUAAAAAGUAUUUGUUACAAUAAUUAAAAUUUAGUGAGUAAAGUAUUUCUAAAAUUUGCAUUUUUGUUAGGUAAAUAU